CGAACUAAACACUCGGCCUGAGAGUGAGAGAGAGGGACAGAGAGAAGGACAGAGAGAGAGAGAGAGAAAGAGAGAGAGAGAGAGAGAUGAUGUGGGUGGGGCCGGUGGUCCUGUGUCAGCCCUGAGUGUUUGUGUUUGUGUGUGUGUGUGUGUGUUUGUGUGCAUGUGUGUGUGUGUGAUUCUCGGCCCCCGUGUGCUGUAUAGGAACACUCCUCUGAGGAGAAGGGGAGGGUGUGGCAGGAGCUCAGCGAGAGGACCCCAGAUCUACUACAGGGUCCCACCAUGGACUGCUCGGACGAAACCCCUCUUCUACCAGAGCCACCUGAGGGCCAGGACCCCAAAAAGGGAAGUGGCCCCAAGCUGACCGAUUGGUGGAUCUCUGGCUGGAGUCCCGCCCACUGCUCCUGCUGCGAGUCUGAUAGGGUGGAGCCGCUGGUGCUGCUGCAGCUGGGAGAGACGGUGGAGUCAAACACCAAGAACUGGAUGAUGAGGCUCCUGUCCAAGCCACAGACCCAAGGAGGUGCUGGCCUGCUUGUCCAUCCUGGGGAGGACGACUUCAAUGAUGUCCUGCUGCUGUCCGCUCCACGCUGUACUCUGCUGCAGGCCACUGAGGAGCUGGGUCUGUGCCGGCCCAACCAGGACGGUGACAUGGCCGCCUUCUCCUUCCACAACAAAGAGCGCUACAGAAAUUCAGACAACAUGCAAGAGUUUCUUACUCUGGCGGAGCGGCAGUACAUCAUUAAAUAUGAGCUGGAGUCUCUCCGAGCGCUGGAGGUCCUACGUAUCCCAGGUGCCCCUUCAGCUCUGGGGCUACUCAAGCCCAGGGAAAAUGUCUUUCAGAGACUGCGGAAAGCUGGUUUGAUAGUGGACAUGCUGCCGUUGCACAACCAGAAGCAGCUUGUUGCUCUGAGGAAGGAGUGGUACUCACACACAAGACUCUGGGGACAGCCACUGGACUCUAUCCAGUCAUACUUUGGUGGAUCGGUGGCAUUCUACUUCAGCUUCCUGGACUUCUACACGCGUGCCCUGAUUCCCAUGGCUCUCCUGGGCGCCGUGUUGACCCUGAUGCCGCCCGAGAUGGGCAAGGCCGCCCUUCCAGACGACGGCGAAGAGCCGCCGCCAGAGGAGUCGGACGCCGAUUCGGAGUGGGCGUCGCCCGGCGGGCUGGUGGUCAUGGCGACGGUGAGCAUGCUGUGGUCCACGCUCCUGCUGGAGCUGUGGAAACGGCGGAGCGCCACCCUGGCGUACCAGUGGGGCACCCACCACCUGACGGAGCGCUUCGCCGAGCCGCGGCCCGCCUUCCGCGGCGAGCUGGGCACCAACCCGGUGACCGGCCGCGUGGAGCCCCUCUUUCCCGCGUGGCAGCGCCAGCUGCGGGUGGCCCUGGUGUCCCUGCCCCUGGUGGGGCUGUUCCUGGGGCUGGUGGUGCUGGGCAUGGCGGGGUUCUACUGGGCAGAGAGCCGGGCACGGGGCUGGCAUGAGAGCAGCCAGUCGCUGGUCAGCAUGGGCAUGCUCUACGUGCCGUCUGUGGCCCACAUCGUCUACACCAACAUCCUGGGCACGGCCUACGGCAAAGUGGCGUUAAUGCUGACGGAGUGGGAAAACCACAGAGAAGAGUCAGCCUUCCAGAAUCACCACACCUCCAAAGUUCUUAUUUUCACCUUCUUCAACUGCUUUGCGGUGCUGUUCCACAUCGCGUUUGUGAAGCAGGACCUACCUCUACUGCGGAAGCGCCUGGCCUCUCUGUUGAUCGUGACCCAGCUGGUGAGUCAGUUGACUGAAGUGGUCGUCCCCUUCGUCAUUGACCGCGUCUUCAACCCACCUGAGCGCAAAGAGGAGGAUGACGACCCUGAGGCAGACGCUAUCAUAGUCCAGAGCAACCUGCCCACUUUCCCCGGCCUGUUCUCCGAGUACAUUGAGCUGCUGGUGCAGUUUGGCUACUUGAGCUUGUUUUCGUGUGUGUACCCGCUGACCGCUCUCUUCCUGCUGCUCAACAACCUCACGGAGCUGCGCACUGACGCGUACAAGCUCUGCAAGCUCUUCCGCAAGCCCUUCGACCCACCCACCGCAAACAUGGGGGUCUGGCAGGCGGCAUUUGAGGUUCUGGGUUUUAUAUCAGUCAUGUCAAAUUGCUGGCUGCUGCUCAUGUCUCCACGGUUACAAGAAUUCUCUGAGGAGGCGGGGCUGAAUGGCACACAGCUUCUUGUGGCGGCUGUUCUAGUGGAGCACAUUCUCAUCGUGGUGAAGUUGGUCGUGGCCUUCCUCAUUCCUGAUGAGCCGGACUGGUUGAGGAUCAAGAGAGAGAAGAUUGAGUUCCACUCUAUGCGUGCCCUGGGCCAGCAGAAGCACUGAAAUCCAAACAGAGAGGAGACAAGAGCCUGAUCCGGCAAGAGGUGAGCGACUUCCACCUGCAGGGCCGCCUGUCAUGGAGAAUUCAACGAUGGAUGGAGAGUGAAGGAGAUGGAGAAGAUAGAGUGGUGGAGGUAGAGGAAGAUGUGGUGGAGGUAGAGGAAGAUGUGGUGGAGGGAGAGGAAGAUGAAGCCUUACACACGGAUAUCGUAUCUGUUUGCUUCCUCCUACAGAGGACCACUACACCGCACCCCCAUCGUAAUCACCAAAUCAACACCACACAGAAACAUAUCACUGCACUGAAGUGUUCCGUAAUUCAUUUUUUAUUGUCUUGCGAAAGCAUAAUGAAGCUAUAGAUUGCUGCGUCUCACCAUACUGUAGCCUAUAAUAUGUUUGCAGACUGCCUGGCCACUUGCUUGAGUGAGCUUUAGUGAAGUUUAGUUUCACACUUACAGCCUUGGUGUGGUGUGUGAAAUGUGCAGCAUAUGGGUGUUUACCACUCAAAGACAACUGAGCUGUGAGCUCUCACAAACUAUGCAGGUGGAGAGAGCCUAUAAUGCCAUGAAAGCAAACAUGUAUUAAGGCUUCUAGAAACUAGCAAGCAACAUAACUAUAGCCAGACGAGAGCUGUAAAGAAAAAAAGAGAAUUAAGCCUCAUUAAUGCUCAUUAAGUAUUAAAUGUACGCUGGAGCUUGGGAUUGGAUUUAACUGAGGAAGGCAUGCUCAUCUUAUGUGCUCUGACUGUAAGGAGCUAAUGUGUUUAAUUUGUUUAAGUCUGUGGUGUUGGUCAGCCAAAGGUUAGGGGUCAGCCUACAAGACUAGGGUGAGUCAGCCAAACAGAAGCAUCUGGAAGCACCGCCUGCAGCAGAGCUCGCACAGUCUCUCAGAGGUACAUUGACUAUUUAAAUGAUUUAAUCACUUCGUCACGUGUGCUUUCCCUCACUGUGUAUCUCCCUCCUGAAGUGAGCUGAGCUUCACUAUAAGUAGGCCCCAGUUUGCUUCCAUUUUCAAAGUAUUUGGCUAAGCCAAACGCUAGCUCUUGAUUGGAUUUAAGGCUGUUCUGUGUGUGGUGAAACAAGAAACUCCACACAGCCGUGACAAAUAUACAGUAGGUGUAGAUCUGUUUAUAUGCUUGAAAAUGAAUGUGUAAAUGCCAAGGAGUAUUUUCAUUUGCCAAAUUAUUUUUAAAAUAAAUAUUUAACUUCAGAAACAUUUCUUAGAACCUCAGGAUGAAAACGUGAGAGUGGAUAGCCUAUCAGAUUGCUGCAGAUAUAAGCUCAUCUGAUCUAAGUUGUUGUGGGGUCAUUCCAUAUGAAAAUGAGGCAAUUUUGGAAAACCUUCCCACUCGAUCCUCUCAUAUUCCCUUUAUUCACUGAUAUUGUGUGCCUCUACAAGUAUGAAGGUCUGCAAAGUUAUACCUCCAUAUUUGGAGUAUUUCUGAGACACCUAUCCCAAUUUGUGAGAAGUGGCCUUCAGACCAGGUUAUCUCAGUGACUUCAGCAUGAAUUUUGGUCACAUACACCGGUCAAAUGACAAUGGCUUAAAUAUGGACAUCUGUGAAUCAUCAGGUUGAUUUUGCGUGGAAUGACCCAGUGCCUUUUGUUUUUGGUGCGCUUACGAAAAUCCUGUACCAGGACAUGUAACUUAAAUUUAAUGAUGAAAUAUAUCAUCCCAUUUGUUAGGCGUGUGUGUUGUCAAAACGCAAACCCGCUUUUACUGCAAAUGUACCGAACUCCUCUGUACUUACUUGAAGUGUUUCCAAAUACACCUCCUCUCAAAACUCAAAAUCAUCACACAUACUGUAACAUCUAUAUGUCAGCAUUAUCCAACUUCCCAGGUAUUACCUGAGGAAUUUUGUAUGUUAUUCAGAUCUUUGACUUAUGCAUUUUAAACUGACUGCGCUUUAAACUGCGCUGUCUUAGAAGGGAAAAUUCCAUACACACUCUCUGGAAUUUGAAAUUGUUAUUAACAGCUAAAUCAAAUGGUUGAAGUGAACACAAAGCAGCAAGGACACAUAUGCACGCACACACACACACACACACACACACACACACGCAAAGCUUCUGUGUGCCGUUUCAUUGCCAUUCACUGUACAAUCACAAAAUAAUUCUCACAAUAAACACUCUUCACACA